AGGAGAAAAUAGUUUUAAAUAGUUAUUUACGGCUAUCAAUUAUUAUGUCUCUUCUUUUCGUAUGUUUUGUCAUUGUUAUUAUUAUUAAUUUUAUAUCUUUUUUGGGUGUAGAUGUGAUUUCAUCUUUGAUAUUUACUAUAUAUUCUAAUUUUCUCCCGUAUGAAUUAUCGUCUACAAUAAAAAGAUAUAGAUUACUUCAACGCUCUGCGCUUCAGACAAAAAAAGAGCUUUCUAAUACUAGUAGUGUAGACGAGUUUGCUAAAUGGGCAAAAUUGAGAAGAAAAUAUGAUAAGGAAAUUUCAGAAUUAGAAAAAUCAACAGCAGAAAUGAAUAAUAAGAGAUAUUACUUUAAUAUCAGAAUCCGUAUAAUAAUAUGGUUAUCUACAAAUGGCCUGCAAUAUAUUAUUCAAUGGUAUUAUCGUAAAAUACCAGUGUUUUGGCUGGCAAAAGGCUGGUUUCCACAUUAUAUUGAACGGAUUUUAUGUUUUCCAAUGGCACCUAUUGGAUCUGUUAGUGUAAGUAUAUGGUUUUUUGUCACCAAUCAUGUUGUUUCAGAAACAUUUUGUAUUAUAAAAAACUGUUUUUUUGAGAAUCAAGCAAAACGUAAUAUAAACUCUAAAAUUCAUUCAAAUAUAGUAUCAGAAAAAAAGGAAUCAUAGGAAAGAUAUUAAAGAUGAUAUUUUACAUGACUUAAAAUGAUUUUAU